AUGUUAAUUCCUGACUGGGCUCUACAAGUUGGAUACGAUGGCCUCGAGCGGGGCCUACUUCCUGAUUUCGUUGUGAGACUUGGCAUUCGCGCCAUGCUUCGGCAGCGACUUUGCGAGAUAGAUCAUGGGUCUUUAGAAGCAAAUCAUGCCGCAAAAAUGGCUUGGAUAGAAGGCGUGAAGCAAAGAACUUACAUCGCAGAUGUUCCGGACAAAGCUAACGAACAACAUUAUGAAGUAUCUACCAAUUUUAUCCUCUCGACCCUCGGUCCAUGUGCGAAAUACUCGGCGUGUUUGUUUCCCUCUGGUAAUGAGACUCUCGAAGAAGCUGAGGUUUUGAUGUUGGAGAGCUAUUGCGAGAAAGCGCAGCUGCAAGACGGUCAGGAUGUUCUUGACCUGGGGUGCGGUUGGGGUAGUCUUUCACUAUACUUGGCUAAGAAAUAUCCCAAUUCCCGAAUAAUUGGAUUAUCAAACUCUUCAACGCAAAAAACGCAUAUAGAUGCCACUGCCAAGAUGCAUGAACUGACCAACCUAAAGAUUAUAACUGCCGAUAUUAAUGUUCAUGAUUUUCCGGUAACCACUAGAUUCGACCGGAUACUUUCCAUCGAAAUGUUUGAACAUAUGAAGAACUACCAGGUCCUUUUCAAGAAAGUAUCUACUUGGCUGAAAUCCAGUAUCAAUACCGACUCGGAAUCGUUUCUCUUCAUUCAUGUGUUCUGCCAUCGCACUACGCCGUAUCAUUUCGAAGACACGGAAGGCCGGGAAGGAGGAGAUAAGACGAAUUGGAUGGCAAAAUAUUUCUUUUCGGGAGGCACGAUGCCCUCGCAUGAUUUAUUGCUAUACUUCCAAGACGAUCUGAGUCUCGUUCGAAGCUGGUACCUUCCUGGUACUCACUAUUCUAAAACACUAGAGGCGUGGUUGAAAUUACAGGAUCAGAAUGCACAAUCUGGUCUAGAGGAGCUUCAAAUUGACGCAAAAUCGAAGGGGCAAGACCCGAUAGAGGGCUUGAAAGCCUUUCAUCGGUUUCGCGUUUUCUACAUGGCUAGUUCUGAACUAUUUAACUUCAAUAAAGGCCAAGAGUGGGGUGUGGGUCAUUAUCUGUUCAAGAAGACAUCCGAAUCGUGA